UCACUGAAGCCCGGAAGAAGAAAAAAAUGAAGAUAAUUUAAUAUUAUAAAAUAUAGGUUCGGAAUUUAAUUAAUCUCAACAGUUAAAGCCUUAGGUAUUGGUGCAUUUUUAUUCUUCUUUGACCAAGUUUAAUGCAUUUGUAUAUUUUUAGUGCGUUUUUAUAUGCAAGUAGGCGACUUUAACAGUUGUAUAAGUGAAACUCAGUUCAAAGUGACCUCAUUGUUGAAAAGACCACUUCUCGAGUCCUUGGUAACCUUUCUGUUUUAAACAUGCCAUUCUUUUAAGUGGGUAAAUGACUGAAGCGCCAGUAUUCCCACAUUUUCAUCAUGAAGCCGGGAUGCGCCUGACAUUAAACCACGCGAACCCGGCCUCGUGGCCACGCCCACUCCGUUACCAUCUCCGCUGCUAGCAACACUGCUAGCUGUUAGCUUGUUAUUGUUUGUGCUGGAAAUUAGCGGGUCCUGCAUGUCAUUCCCUGUUCCCCCCACCAUGAAUCCUUAACCACUGCAAGAGCCUCGCGGUCAAAGCUUAAAUCCAGGAUGUGCUCCGUGGUCGGAUGUGAUUCAUUUCGCCUCGGCGUUCACCGGUUCAAGCUACCAGAGGACCCGGAGAGGAGGCUGGUGUGGGUCCAGUUUCUGUUUGAAGUCAACGGGCAGCGACUCAAGGAGUCGUCCUGGACCGAUAUCACUAUUUGCUGUGAACAUUUUACGGACGACUCCUUUGAAAGUCUCACUCCGGGUACAGACGGGGUGCAGCUAAAGCCCGACGCUGUCCCAUCACUGUGUGUCAAGUCAGAGCCAGAGGAUCCUGUGGAGAGUCCUCAAAAUGUGGUGGAGCCUGAAGAAGCUGCUGAUGCUGUUCGUCAGUGUGACGGCUCUGAAUUGUCUUGUAGCCCAACUUCCUGCAAUGAAAAAUCUGCAUGCACUUUAACAGAUGCCAUCUCCUCUGCGUCUUGCCAAGAGCAACAAAAAGUUCAGACUCCGUGUUCUACCAAGGAAACAGUUACAUCAAACAUAAAAGGAAAGUACGUUGUGAAUGAAAACUGCCUCCUCGAGUUGUUGGGCCGCAAUUGCCCGUCAUGUGGAAGCAAUGUUCAGGUGGAGAAGGUCUCCUACGGGGAACUGAUCGCCUUGAUCCAACGAUGCCAGAAGUGUGACUCCAGGAACCGGCGUAAAAGUCAAGUUGACUCAGACGUCCCAAACGCUGAAGACAGACUUACAGGAGGCUCAGAGGCAACUCUAGAGACGCAACAGGCCGCCCCAACAGACGACAGCAGCAGCAGUGCUAUUUUGUCUGAGGCUGUUACUUUUAGCGAUGGAGAGACUGAUCCCUCAGGUAACUGCGAGGGAGGUGAUGAAGGUGAGGUGGUUUCAGAUGAGGAAUGGAAUCCGACAGAGCUCGGCAAGGAGUCUGAGGAGGAGGAGGAGGAGGAGGAUUCAGAUCCCCCUGGUGGCCUCAAGAUUAACGAGCUCUGCACGGAGUGUGGAAGUUUUUUCAGUGUGCUGAAGCCUCACAUAUGCGAGCACAAAGAAAAGCCCUAUUGGUGCAAUAUUUGUGGCAAAAGAUGCAUUUCUGAGAAAUCUCUAACCCACCAUAGCAGGAACCACAGUGAAACCUAUGAGCAUCCUUGCAAGUACUGCUACGUUACCUUCAAAACAAGGGUGGACAAACACAAACACGAGAACACCCACCAGGACAGAAAAGAUCCCUAUAAAUGUCCCGACUGUCCAGAGACAUUUCCCACCAGUAAGAAACGCAGCAUCCACCUGGCAAAGCACAGGGCCCCGAAGGAGUUCAGGUGUGGAGUUUGUCAGAUUGAAUUCAAAGAUGUGCAUCACCUUCGGAGACACUCUGUCGUGCACACUGGACUGAAACCGUACAAGUGUUCGGUGUGCCAGCGUGGCUUCAACCAGUCGAGCAACCUGAAAUCCCACAUGCGCCUGCACACGGGGGAGCGGCCUUUCAAGUGUCAGCACUGCGACAAGAGCUUCAAUCACAACGUGAGCCUAAAGAGCCACGUCCAGCGGUACCACUCGUCGGGUUCUGCACGCCAACGGAAGAAGGGUAAGUACGAUGAAAAAACAAGGGACGCUGCCGACGCUGAAGGCAACGGGAAAACGAUGGCAACGGACUCUGAGUGUGACAGUGCAGAUGAAGAUUUAGAGGAGGAGGUGCAGAAAGAGAGAGGGGAGAAGCCAGACAGGACAAGGAGGAGCACAGGCAGGCCCAAGGGCAGGCCUAAGAGAAAUGCAGCAGGCAACUUGGUUCAGACAGAGGAAAUGAAAGACCAGCUUCCAAACUCUAGGAAAGCAAAGUUAAAGACUACAGGAUCCAACCAGAAGGAAACAGAGGACGAGCAAUCAGGCAGUGACUUAUCAUUAGACUCAGCGGAAGAGGAGGAGACGGCGAGGAAGAGCGGACAAAGACAACCGAAAAAGGACAGUGAGUCUUAUUUUGACGCAGAAGAAACAAAGAAGAAGAGAUACAGCAGAGAGAAGAGCAGGGGUGGCGUAGGGAGAGGAAAAACAAAGACGAGUUAAGCAGUCUGAAGCCUCUAAGCACACAGAGCUGAAGAAUUAAUUUGGUGUUCGAGGGCUGUAAAGAACUGGACUGAUAUAUUUCCCUUUGUUAAUUAGGCCAACAAAUUUCAGAAUUUAAUCGCCUCUUACUGUUAUAGUAAGAUUAGCUUUCGAAUACCAUUCAUCUGACUGGGGCUCAUGUUACAUUUUCAUAUUACUUGUCUGAGUCUGUUCAGAAUCAACAUGAAGCCAAUGUCAGCAGGUAUUUAGAGACAAAUCUCAUUAAUUCAUUUUCUUACUGCAAACCAAAUCAUAAAAGUAAGCUGGAAAACAUAAAAGGUGGUAUGAAAAGUAUUAAAAAACCAAAAGUGCCUGAAGUAUUCAUCCAUCCAAAUAACUGAAUUCAGGUGUUGCAGUCACGUUUAUGGUAACAGGUGUAUGAAAUCAAGCACCUAUGCAUGCAGACUGCUUCUACAAACAUUUGUGAAAGAAUGAGCUGCUCUCAGGAGCUCAGUGAAUUCCAGCGUGGAACUGUGAUAGGAUGCCACCUGUGCAGCAGGUCAGCAGCUCAGUCACAAAGUGUCAGCAGAGUCGAUUGCUACCGACCUCCAAACUUGAUCUGGCCUUCAGAUUAGCUCAAGAACAGUGCGUAGAGAGCUUCAUGGAAUGAGUUUCCAUGGAUGAGCAGCUGCAUCUAAGCCAAACAUCACCAAGUGCAGGUGGUACACCACUGCAUUAGAGACACAGUUGAGACGUCCCCUUAAGUCACAAAUGACGCCUCUCCAUCUGAUGGACCAGUCUGGGUUUGUUGGUUGCCAGCAGAACUGUAUUUGUCUGACUGCAUUGUGCCAAGUUUGAAGUUUGGUGGAGGGGGGAUUAUAGUGUGGGGUUGGUUUUCAGGAGCUGGGCUUGACCCCUUAGUUCCAGUGAAAGGAACUCUGAAUGCUUCAGUAUACCUAGAGAUUUUGAACAAUACCAUGCUCCCAUGUGUGGGAACAAUUUGAGGAUGACCCCUUCCUGUUCCAGCAUGACUGUGCAUAAGUGCACAAAGUAAGGUCCAUAAAACCAUAGAUGGCCAGAAUAUGACUGGCCAUCAGAGAGUCCUGACCUAAACCCGAUAGAACACCUUUGGGAUGAAUUAGAUGAAGACUGUGAAGAACAUCAGUGUCUGACUUCACAAAUGUGCUUCUGAAACAAUGAUCAAAAAUUCCUCUAAAAAAACACUCGUAAACCUUGUGGAAAGCCUUUGCAGAAGAGUUGAAGCUGUUAUAACUGCAAAGAGUCGGCCGACGUCACAUUAAAUCCUAUGGAAUAAGAACGGUCACUAAAAUUCAUAUGCAUGUACAGGCAGCUGAGCAAAUACUUUUGGCAAUAUAGUGUAUAACACCAUAUCUGAUGACAACACUAGUUCUGAACUAAAAUAUCUCCAUGUUCUUCACUGCAGUGCUGUCAAUUUUAUGUGACUUAAGUGAUUUAUCAUUGUGUGAUAAAUAUAUGAUAAAUAAAUGUACAAAAUUGUUCUGGAUAAUAAACUCAGUGAUGACGUUGGUUUUGUUUAUUGGUUAACCCAGCGGUUUUCAAAGUGUGAGGCACGCCUACCCUGAAGUCUUCUGGGGAGGCACGUGAGAAAAAAAAUCAGUAAAAAAAACCCUGAAAAAAAGGUGUAAACACCUGUUUAGCAUCUGUUAACCACAGUGCAUGCAGAGACUAAAGAAUUUUAGUAGGCUACCUCAAGUGAAAGUGAGAGAGGA